GCUUUUUGCUCGGGUGGCAUCGUGCUGUGCUGCAGGGUGUCGAGGCCCACACCCACCCUCAGCGAGACACAUACAUACACAGACAGACACACACACACACACACACACACACACACUGUAAUGCAGUGCAUUGCCUGACUGUUACAAAAGCAUAUUCCUCAGAAUGAGCUUUCUGAUGUGAAACUCUCCCUUUUGGGGCUUGAACGCACCUGUGGUGCCUAAUUCAACUGGACGGCGGGCACGGCAAUGCUGCACCGUACAUGAACCACAUUAUUCCUUUCUGUUGUAUCGCCUUUUGUAAGGAUAUAGUGGCGGUAGAGUGGUUGAUUCCCCUCUCCCCCUGUACGUGCUUUGUGCGCAUGUUUGUGACGCGAUGUCCCCCGUGGUUGUUAUUAAAUUCCCUCGAACAAACUCUUACGUGGUGCUAGGUGUAGGAGGUGGUUGCUACCUCACUCGUGGUUCUCUAGUUGAGGUGAACAGAGAAGCGGCGUUUGAUGAUAUUGCCGGAGCUGCAGAGUUUUGGCCGCUUCUGGAUGACGAGCGUUGGUUGGCUUGUGAGCUUAACUACUUCGCUUGAGUGACGCCGAGAUAUUCUGAUGUAAACGAGAAAGUGAAAAGUAGAAAGAAUGAAUGAUGGGUGCCAGGAAUCAUUCUUUCUUGUUGGUUGUAAAGCAAGAAAGCAACAGUUAUUUCCCCGAAGUUAGCUGCGCAACGCGCAAAGUUCGUAAACGUGUAAUGGGAGUUGCCAUGAGCCGGAGCUGGACAGGGAGUAAUGUAGCAACGUCGUUCGACUGCGGACUUGGUUCAUUAAUAUUCUCACAAUUGUGUGUAGAUCUCGUAGCUUAUCCCUGCGACAUAUUGAGGCGGACAUGCGGUGGUAUACAAUGAAUCAAUCUAUUCUUCACCGAUUACAACGAGGUGUCAAUGAGCCCCAUUCCUGAAUUAGCUCGUCUUCUUUGUAAUGGUAGACUCGGGAUGAAGAUUUUUGGGUGAUUUCAGUUGCGUCUAUUCCCCUUCGACGUUUGGAUACGGUGCUGGGAGUGCAAGGCUGUUCUCCUCUGGAUGCGAGCGUAGUAGCUCAAGCCGCACUGUCGGUUCCAAUCAAAAUCUGUCGCAAGGGCUGUUCCCAGUGCCUCAGCGUACUCAUAUGCAGCCGUUCCUUAGAGAAGGAGGAGGAGGAGGAUCAGCAGCAGUACGCCAGGCGAUCUCCGCCGCCAUGGGGUCUGUGGGAUCUCCCUUAUCCAACAUGGACCUGGAAUUUUCCCAGCUCCCAUACCCCAGAGCUCGCCGUUAUGAAUCCGUUGACGUCUACCACGGAGUCGAAAUUGUCGAUCAUUACCGCUGGUUGGAAGACCCCGAUGCACCCGAAACAAAAGAGUUUGUUGCCCAGCAAGUAGAGCUGACUAACACCGUGCUCGCGAACUGUGAUAACCGGGAGAUAUUGAAGAAGAAAGUCACGUCUCUGUACAAUUAUCCUCGCUAUGGCUGCCCUUACAGACACGGCAAGCAUUUCUUCUUCAGGCACAACCCGGGAUUGCAGUCUCAGAACAUUUUGUACAUUCAGGACUCAGUGGACGGAGAGGCGGAGGUAUUGCUAGACCCGAACACGUUGAGCGACGACGGCACGGUGGCGCUCGCAAUUAAGAGGUUUAGCGAGAAUGCUGAAUUUCUAGCCUACGGGUUGAGCUCCAGCGGGAGCGAUUGGAUCACCAUCCGAGUAAUGCGCGUGGAGGGUCGCGUUGUGCUACCUGACACCCUCUCAUGGGUCAAAUUUACGUCCAUAGCUUGGACCCACGACCAUAAAGGCUUCUUCUACAAUCGCUACCCGCAGCCUAAGAACAUGGAAGGCACAGACGUGGGCACCGAGACCGACAUCAAUUUGUUCCAGGGAUUGUACUACCAUUACCUGGGCACUGAUCAAUCGGAAGACAUUUUGUGCUGGUGGGACUUGGAGCACCCGGCGUGGCAGUCCUCAGCCAUAAUUUCCGGCGAUGGCCAGUACUUGUUGCUGUCUAUCCGCGAAGGAUGCGACCCCGUGAAUAGGCUCUACUACUACGACGUUUCAACGCUCACCAAGGAUUUGGUCUUGUUGAAAGACUCGAAUUCUAUGCUGUCCUUCACCAAAUUAAUCGACAACCUCGAAGCCCAGUACCAGUACGUGGCGAACGACGGACCAGUGUUUACGUUCCUCACGAACAAAAAUGCACCAAGAUAUAAAGUGUCGCGGGUUGAUUUUAACAACCCUGAGGUGUGGUCGGACGUGAUCCUCGAGUCACAGUCGGACGUCCUCACUAGCGUGACUUGUGUAAACAAGAACCAGCUGCUCGUCUGCUACAUGCAGGAUGUGAAGCACUUGCUUCAAAUCCACGACCUGUACACUGGCGCAUUCCAGUGGCGCCUCCCGCUUGAGAUCGGCAGCGUUACGGAUACCUCGGGACGACGCGAGGACUGCGAAAUUUUUAUCAAUUUCACCAGUUUUCUGAUUCCAGGUACCGUCUACCGGUGCGAUUUGAGUACCCCUAAUCCCGAAGUGCGCGUCCUGCACGAGGUUGGGUCGCAAAUCUUUGAUCGCAGCCGGUUUGAGACGAAGCAGGUGUUCGUCACUAGCAAGGAUAAAGCCGCCAGAAUCCCCAUGUUCAUCAUCUCCGAGAAGGGGCUGGUCCAAGAUGGAAACCACCCUGCCCUGCUCUAUGGCUAUGGCGGCUUCAACAUCAGCCUCACCCCCAGCUUCAGCGUGUCGCGUCUUGUCCUUGCCCGGCACUAUGGUGCUGUGUUAGCAGUGGCCAAUAUUCGUGGGGGUGGCGAAUACGGGGAGGAAUGGCACAAGGCUGGCUCUCUUCGCGAUAAACAAAACUGCUUCGACGAUUUCAUUUCGUGUGCCGAGUACUUGAUUGAGGAGGGCUACACCCAAUCCAACAAGCUGUGCAUUGAAGGUGGCAGCAAUGGAGGUCUACUCGUGGCAGCCUGCAUCAAUCAGAGGCCUGAACUCUUCGGCUGCGCCUUGGCUCACGUUGGCGUCAUGGACAUGCUCCGCUUUCAUAAAUUCACAAUUGGACACGCUUGGAUUUCCGAUUAUGGUUGCUCGGACGUAGAGGAGGAUUUCUACAAUUUGAUCAAAUACUCUCCGAUUCACAACGUUUGGAGACCUUGGGAGAAGCUGAAAGGGGUUCAAUAUCCACCGAUCUUACUAUUGACUGCCGACCAUGACGACAGAGUGGUUCCCCUCCACUCUCUGAAGCUACUUGCGACUCUGCAGUAUACACUUUGCACAAGCUCGACGAAACUAUAUCAAACGAACCCUAUCAUUGCACGUAUAGAUAGAAAAGCUGGACAUGGAGCUGGCCGACCUACUCAGAAAAUGAUCGACGAAGUGACAGAUGCCUAUACGUUCUUUGCUAAGAUGGUAGGCGCCACUUGGGUGGACUGAUCGAAUCCAUCUGCUGCUGUGAUAUGAGCUCUUGUCCCCGUUAGGUCUCCGACUCUCAGGAUUUAGGGUGGCGACGCAGCCCCCAUUAUACAUACAUUGAUAUCCAGAGAACACAAAUUGAUAGCUUACCUACUCAGUAGUCUAGUGUACUAACAGAGACCAACAUGCUAUUGCAAUUAGAACUUAAUCACUAGACCGAAUGCACUAGAUGCGGUGACUCUCCCCGUACUAAUCUGUGCUCGAGCAAACAAUUUUGACGAUGUCGACCAUUAUUGACGACUUUCUUAGAUGGUGAAGCCUGACUGCGAUUCAGUGACAGGCAUACAUCUGUACUUGUAUCCUAUGUUGAUACACAUGAUUUUGUACCAUGUCCCCAGCGGACGAAGGGAAAUGACGACUUUCAGCUUCCUCUGUCAGAUUCCCAUCUCUUUGCAAUA